AAGACCGCGGUAUCCGCCAGUGUCAAUAAAGUUGCCGCGGACAAGAUGGCGGCUUCCAUGCUGGGCGCGCUGCUGCGGACGUUCCGACAGGUGGUUCCUUCAUUAGCUUCACGCCAGGUCCGAGGUUACUAUGUAGACUGGAAAAUGUUGCGUGAUGUGAAGAGACGAAAAAUGGCCUAUGAAUAUGCGGAUGACAGAUUGCGGAUCAAUUCCCUCCGGAAGAAUACCAUUUUGCCCAAAGAUCUUCAGGAAAUGGCUGAUAAAGAAAUUGCAGCCCUUCCCCGGGAUAGCUGUCCUGUUAGGAUUAGGAAUCGAUGUGUUAUGACAUCCCGUCCACGUGGUGUAAAGCGACRCUGGAGGCUUAGUCGAAUCGUCUUCCGACACUUAGCUGACCAUGGGCAACUUUCUGGGGUCCAGCGAGCAAUGUGGUAAAAAUCAGCUCCAGAACCAACUGAACUUUCAGGAAAGAAGAGACUUUGUGAUGCUGUGGAUCAAACCCAGAGCUUCCCACAUGCCAGGCAAGUGCUCUGCUAUUGAGCCACAUCCCCAACCUGAGACCCUAGCUUAUAUAGGUGUCCAGUAGAAUUGUCUCAUCUACCCUGUGCUACAUAUAAAUUACUUUCAAAUUUUAAGAAAUUUGGAUAUUUCCUUCUGUCAUUAAAUUCUYUAAAAGAUUAAACAUACUGUCCAUAUACAUGAUGUAAAGAGUAGAGCAGGCAAUAAAAAGUAUUUUCUA